GGUGGUGAUGGAGGCAGACCGACAGUGGAUGAAGUACAGGAGUUCUGUGUUAGCUGGAAGGCUGCCAGCCAUUUCACCCCUCCUGGCCCUGUUGUUUGCUUUGAUGAGUCCCAGUCUGGAGAGCACCGCCCCUUGCCAUUUCCAUCUGAGGCAGAGUGCUUCAAGUUGUUUCUGACAGAGGAGCUGGUGAGAGACAUAGCAGAGACUAAUCGCUAUGCCUUGGAGCUACAGGAGAAGAGAGAACCAGGAGUGGGGGGGACAACCACAAUUAGUGAAAUGUAUACCUUCCUGGUGACAGUCCUUCUCAUGGGGAGAGUAAAGAAGAACUCCCUAAGAGAGUACUGGAGCACAGAUCCUAUGUUUGCAACUCCCUUCUUUGCCACCCUCUUUUUCUUUUCCAGCUGGCAGUAAAGUGACAUGACAAACGAGACAUCCAUGUCCUCUCCACUGUCCAUACAGCAACCAUGUGAGCCAUAGUGAAGGUGGACCAUCUGACGGGAGAGAGAAAAAUCAAACCAGACUGACUGCGUGCUUGACUAUAGCCUCAAAAUGGGGGCAGUGGAUAAGGAGGACAUGAUAAACAGCUUUGUGGAAUGCACUCAGAAAACGACCUAGUGAUAUAAGAUGUAUUUCCAUUUUUCCAGGGUAGCUUCAAAAUACAGCAAGUCCUGCCUCUCUCAUCUCCUCAUUGGUGGGUGACUGAAAGACAAACGAGGUCAGUGGCGGUAAUGCACCUACUUUUUAAAAGUUUCCAAUCGCAAUAUCAAGUCAAGAGAAGAAAAGGCCUUGAAGGAAGAGAGAUGACUAGAAACGAUUCGGUUGACCGUUUUAUAUUUUAACCUGCGUGUUAUACCCACGUGGGUGAUUGAAAGACGAACUGCGUUGCCGGUUGUCGUGGUAACACUAUAAAAGUUUAGAUGCCAAUCACCAUAUAACGUAAACUCACCCCAUUUCAUACAAAUGUGCGCAACCGCAACAUUCAAAGGAGGCUACAAAGAAAACUAAUGGGACUGUAGCGAUUGUGUUGACUUCAAAAUUGGGGGUGUGAACUAGGUUUCUAUUCAAGUGUUGAUCAGCAUGGUAAUGGCUCUAUAGUAUUGGAGAAAAGUUGAAAAAACUGACCCUCCGUUACAUCUUGACGUGUCAUGUCGUAACGUACAGCACGCAUAAAGCUACUAUUUCUGUCUUACAAUCUCUCUUACAAAAUAAAUGUAUGCACGAUGGCGCACACGCGAAUCCGGUUUGGGUUCCGUGUUAGUAAAAAUGACUACUUUUAUGUGAAUGAAUGAGGCGGAACACACCUCAAUUCAUACUGUUCUUAGAAAAUAAAAAAAUGGUUAGAAAAUCAUUUGAAAUUGACAAAUUGAAAACAGCCUAUAAAUAAAAACAGGCUGCAUGCUUUGAUUUGAGGGCAGAGCAGAUUAAAUGUACUGUUGCGUAAUAAUCACAUUCUGGAAUGGAGAAAACGUUCUAACAUCACGUGCAUAAAAAAACUCACACUGGGGCAACCAUUACACAGAACCCAAACUGGCUGCGCGCAUGCACCAUCAUGCGCCAACGUGCAUACAUUUAUUUUGUCCUCCUACAUCAAACGCGAUUGCGACACGCAAGUUAAAAUAUCAAAACAAACUCUGAACCAAUUGCAUUAAUUUGGGAACAGGUCGAAAAGCAUUAAACCUUUGUGGCAAUUUAGCUCGCUAGCUUGCAUUUGCUAGCUAAUUUGUCCUAUUUAGCUAGCUUGCUGUUGCUAGCUAAUUUGUCCUGGGAUAUAAACAUUGAGUUGUUAUUUUACCUGAAAUGCACAAGGUCCUCUACUCCGACAAUUAAUCCACACAUAAAACAGUCAACCAAAUAAUUUCUAGUCAUCUCUCCUCCUUCCAGGCUUUUUCAUCUUUGAAUUUAAAUGGAGAUUGGCAUCUAAACUUUCAUAGUAUUGCUACACUGACCUACAACACAGUUCUUCUUUCAAUCACCCAUGUGGGUAUAACCAAUGAGGAUAUGGCACGCUGCAUCAGAAAUAGAAAGGAGUUCUAUUUUACCAGACGCUCGUUGACGCGCUGAGCAGUGUGGGUACAAUAAUUGAAUAACAUAGAUUUCUACAUUUAUUUUGCAAUGCUCGCGCACGCGACGCAAGCGGUGUGGUCAACCUAUUAGAGAGUUUUGGAAUUCACGCAUGAAAGGGUUCGGGCACAUUGAGGACGUGGAAUGAUGAAUUAUAUCAUAUUGGCGACCGUUUUUUCCAUGGUUUUUGCCGAAAAGUCACCUCGGCUUAAAUUCAUUGUGAAAGAGCCGGCCAGGUACCACUUCUCGAAACCGGAGAACUACAUGUCAGUGUACCACCAGGAGGGCACAAAUGUGCUGUACGUGGGGGGCCAGACAGUGAUCUACGUGCUGACUUUCACUGACAGGGGGGUCCGCGACCUGCAGAUCCCUGUGGUAACCGAUGAAAACGCAAAGGCAGCUUGCAUCGCCAAGUCAGACCCACCAAAGUUGGAGUGUGACAAUUUCAUAACAGUCAUUCAGAAAGUCAAUGACACUUUUGUGGUAUGCGGGACAAAUGCAGGAACCCCCAAAUGCUGGCUGCUGGUAAAUGACACUGUGCUGACUGACGCCCCCACCAAUGGACAUAUGGCAUCAGCCUCUGACAUCUCCCCUCCCUACCCCUCCCAGAGGUCCGUCAGUCUGUCCGCAGAUGGGAAUCUAUACUCUGCUCUGUCAGCAGUGGGGCGUCACCCUGGCUCUAUCCGCCGGACCUACGGCACUCAGAAGCUCCUGAAGACUGAGACCAAGUGGCUGCAGAGCCCCCAGUUUGGUGGAGCAGCAGUGAUGCCAGCCUCUCAGAAACACAAGGAGGAGAUCUACUUCUUCUUCAGUGAGAUCAACAAGACGGCCAUGGUGGACGAAGAGCCCUACAGGUCGCGCAUCGGUCGAAUCUGCAUGGUGGACGAGGGGGGCAUAAAGAACCUGCUGGCGGACUCGUGGACAACCUUCCUGAAGGCCAGGGUGAUGUGUGGUGCGGGUAGCACCCCCCAGCAGUACAACAACAUCAGACAGGCCUUUGUGCUGUCUGACGUGGCCCACGAGAAGAGGACUGGGGUCAUGUACGGCCUGUUUGCCAACGCCUGGGACACAACAGUGAUAUGUGCUUACUCCAUCGAGGACAUUGACCAGGCCUUCGCCACGUCCAAACUGAAGGGCUACAGCAGUCCUCUGAUUGGACAUCGCCCUGGCACAUGUGCCUUCAAGAACUCCACGGCAGCCCACAACCCUAAGACCCUAGUGGUGAUCAGGGACCACCCGGAGAUUGAGGACGUGAUUCGUCCGGUCGGGGGUGCUCCGCUGAACCUGCCCACCGACGAUCACUUCACACACACUGUCGCUGCCAUUGUACUAGCAGUAAACGACGAGCACUAUAGUGUGCUGUACCUGGGAACAGAACAGGGGAAAGUGCUCAAGGUUCUGCACACUAUCGAGGAGGCCUUUAUCAUAUCCCAGUACUCCCUCUUCCACAACGAGGGUCCUGUUCUAAGCAUGGCCAUCGACUCUAAGAAGGGCCACCUUUAUGUGGGCACGGCAAUGGAGGUCCAGCGCAUACCAUUGGCUGACUGCGGUCGCUAUGGAGACAGUUGCCGGGAGUGCAUUCUGUCUCGGGAUCCCUAUUGUGGUUGGGACGCAGCCAGGAGGAGGUGCACACCCAUCCCAGCUGGAUACAACAUCAGCACUGGGGCACUCACUCAGAGUCUGGACCAUUCCAAUGCUUCUAUCUGUGGUGAAGCUGCUGCACCGAAGACCCAUAGGACAAACCCCAAACAGGUGGUGAUUGACUCGGACGGCCCCGUUAACCUCCCCUGCCCCGUGCGCUCCUUUCACGCCACCUACCGCUGGGAGAAGGACAACUGUAUCCAGCACUACCCCUGCUUCAUCAUUGGAGACUCCUGUGUGCUGGAACCAACCCCUGACCUGCCCCUUAAGCAGGGGGUGUUCCGCUGCAUGGCCACGGAGAACGGCUACAAGGUGGAGGUGGUCUCCUACAGGCUGGUGAUCAACAGUGGGCCUCUGCCUGCCUCCUUGGCCUCCACCCUGGGGCCCUGCCUCCUGCUUGCUGCAGCCACCCUCUGGCUCCUGUAACCAUUGCAAAUGCUAAAGCUAACCCCUUAGCCUCUAAGGCCCUCUCUCUGUCAGACAAGAGAGGAGGGGCCACCAUACCCAGAUUAGGUUCACAGAGCAUUGCUAUUAAUGGUCGGGUAAUGCGAUCAGUGUUGCCCACAGAGACUGUUUUCAGAAAAAGUGUUUUUUUAUUUAAUUUACAUUGUUCAGGAAAUGCCUGAAAAUAAACAAAGCCACUUAUUUUUAAAUUAUAUAUGGGCUUACCAUACUAACCAAUACUGUACUGUUUAAACAAACAAAAAAUACCUAAAACAAACUGAAAAUACACAACAUUUAAACUUAAUUAAUACAUUAACAUCAAUAUGGGUUUUAUGGAAAGACAAACUAUAAUAUCAUGUCUUAGUCUGAAUUUUAAAUACAGAUUCAAACCACAAGAUGUGCUUUGCGAACCUUGCCUGUUCCACCCAAGAGAUGACAUCUCAUGAGUUGUGUUAAAUACAAUACCAAGCCAAUUUCUCAACUUAUUUUUAAACUUGAUUGUCCUACUUUGUGAAUAUUUGAAGCUUGAAUACUGCUCUAACAUCCAAACAUCCUGUUGAAUGUCAUAAGUAUAGGAUAGUAUUUAGAAAAUGUCUGGUAUUGUGUAGAAAAAAAGCCUUAACAAUUCUGGGACAUACCUCCUAAGCACAAUUUGCAGUGGAAGCAAAACUGAUCAAUUAUGUUGACUUGAAACUGUGAAUGAGGUGGCCAAGCCUUACUUUGAUGCUGGGAGGAAGUGUCAUCAUUUUGACAAGAAGUCAUAUUUUUGACAGGAAGUAGGUAGAAGAACAUGAGCUCAUCCUCGAACAUCACUGUGUCUCGGCAAGUCCUCUGCAGUAAAGGCAGUUUUUGCAUAAUGUUAUUGGAUAGUAUCAGACAUUAAACAUCAUUCAGUGGCAGGUGAGGCCAAAUUAGAAUUGAGUAGAUGACAUGUAGAGUUAGUGGCAUUUUGUAGUUUGCUAUAUGAGAAAAAGCUUGUGAUUAUAUGAGUACUGUGUGUUAAGUAUUUUAUUGCUCCGCAAAUGCUGAUUUCCACCAUUGCUGCCUAUGUAUAUGAAAGUUAUUCUUGAUGGUUCAAGGUUUUAUACUGUGCGGAAGUCCCGAGAGGACAAUAAAAAAAUCCUUGUCAUGGCGAGAUAACUUACUUAUCUCGUGAACACGACAUAAGUUGUUUUGUCGACAUCACGAGAUGAACUCUAUAAAUAGGAGUAGACGCAUUGAUGAUAGAUUGACAUUAUGGCAGAGGCGGUAGAGUCCAUGGUGGAUCAGCACAUAUAUUUUUAUUGAUUGCAACAUUAAGGGAUGGUACAUUUCAUGUUAACAUGUUGCUCAUUGACAGUUUAUAAAUUAGAAUGUUAGCAAGCUAAAUGUCCCUUAUCUUGAGCUAAGAGUGGCAGGUAGCCUAGUGGUUAGAGCAUUGGGCCAGUAACUGAAAGGUUGCUAGAUCAAAUCCCUGAGCUGACCAAGUAAAAAUAUGUCGUUCUGCCCUGGAACAAGACAGUUAACCCACUGUUCCUAGGCUGUCAUUGUAAUAAGAAUGGGUUCUUAACUGACUUGCCUAGUUAAAUAAAGGUUCAAAAUAAAAGAGUGCUUGGGGCAUCUGAGCCUUCAUGGGGCAUUUGAGCCCUGAAGGAUACCUGAAAGGCUGGCUUGUUUCCCAGGUGGUAUGCCAAUUGCAUGCAAGCAACAAUGCAGCUAGUCUUGUGAGUGUGUUAGCUAGGUAGUCUUAUUAGCUAGCUAGCUUGUUAUAUAUGCUGGUUGUUAGCUUGCAUAACUAAUGUGUAUAAUUGUAAGGGGCACUUCAUGUUUUAUGGAUAAUAUUACAAUUUACAGCGUGUGUGAGCUCAAUUCCUGACUGAUAAGAUUAUAUUUCUUCCUCAGAGCUUGAUCAGAUUCAAUAGCAGUCUCAGAUACCUUGUAGGGUGUUUCAUAGGUACCGCUUCUUGCAGGCAGAUUAGCAGUCAGUGCAUUAUGUAUAUGAUCAAGAUUGAGUGCGCUCGUUUCCUGGCAGGCUGAUUUGAUUCAGUAGCAGCCUCAGAGGCUGAUAAGUCAGGAUGCUGCCUAGUAGGGUGUCUGCAAGGAGCCUUCAAUAUGAAACAGCCUACAAGGCAGCACCCUGAUUUAUCAGCCUCGGAGGCUUCUAUUGAAUCUGAUCAACUUGCCAGAAAUAGAGCUCACUUUGGAUUGUAUGCAUCAGUCUUUACAGCGCUGACGGCUAAUCUGCCUGCAAGGAGCCUUACCUAUGAAACAGCCUACAAGGCAGCAUCCUGAUUUAUCAGCUUCUGAGGCUGAAAUGUAAUCUGAUCAGCCUGUCAGGAAUGCAGCUCACCCACUGUAAAUGUGUCAGGCAUCGUUCAGGGCUUAAAUGCCUCACUUUGCGAUCAACACAGCCACAGGGCUCCUUGAUGAAGUGGUUAUCGUGCAUCUGAAGAAAUGAAUGGAUGAUGCGUUGUACUUUUGAUUAUCUCGUGAUCUCGACAAAACAACGUUUGUUAUGAAAUUAAUAUGUCUUGAUCUCGACAUAACGAGGAACUUUAAAAAAAUCAUAUGUCCUCUCUGGGUUUCCGUAAUACUGUGGUUAUACAAUGAUAUAACUCUUUGACUGCUUUAACUAACCUAUUCUCAAAAAAAAAAUCCAAUGCAUAAUUCUCAAAGGGGUUAUUUUCAUACUUGUAUCUGUAUGCUGUGACAAGCGCUUUACAUAAUUUGAUAGGCUCCUUUUGUGAAGUAGAACACUUUGAGCAGCCACCAUACUCUGGGGAGAAAGACUGAAAUUCAUGAUUUACAUAUUUGGAAGAUAUGGAACAAAAUUCCUCUUUAAGCAAUAGAUGUUUUUUUAAUUUAGCACCUGACCUCAAAUAAUAAUAGUAUGUUGGAGGCAGAGAAUGUUUGCUGGGAGGGAGUAGUUUACUCAGAGCCAAUGUUAAAUGUAACAUAGUAAUAUGAAUGUAGUUGCAACAAAAUGCAAGUCUAUUGUUCCCAUUUAUUGAUUGUAGUAUCUCAGUACUGAAGCACCAUCUUACAACCACUACUGUGUUUUGAACUGUGCCACUGAGCUUUGUGGCAAAUUUUGAAAUGGCAAAAAACCACUGUCGCCUGAAAAUAUUGGUAGAAAACAGGCUACAUAAUGCUGUUCUUAGAACAGUUUUAGCCAUAGUUCUGCAGGUUCCAUCUUUCUCUCUGGGGGUGGCUGUACGUUUGUUGUCUCGAGGUCUCAGGAGGAUCUGCCUGCUGCAUUGCACUGAUGCGGGAUAUUGACUGUGCCAAACAUAAGCUGUGUUGUGCCGCCUGCCGCUUCCCACUCACUUAGCACUUGUGAGUAAUUGGUUUGCCAAAUCUCUUUCUCAAACUCACACAUAUUCUUAUAUAUGUCACAAAUACACACAGGCAUAUCGGUGCGCGCACACACACACCUCUUUUUUUACCAAUCACUCACUUCAAUCUCAUUUUUACUGAAGCUGGUGUGUCUCUGAAAACAGUGAACAGAAGCCUCUCAUACACGAGCCAACACUAAUUAGGCAACUGAACCUGUAUCGCUCACUGCAGAGAAAUACAAGCUCUUUUACCAAGACAGAUGGCCUAGAGUCACUGGGUAUUGUUAAAAAGGGUCAAUGAAUCAUGUCUGUGCAGAGUUGAUUGUAUUUGGCCUUUCAUGGAUUUCAAAAUUGAUAUGGGAGUUUAGUUUCUCUGGAGCACUUUAUUUAAUGACCACCUUCGUAGCCAGGAGUCCCUGCUAUGACGUGGACAUAAACAGUGGCUAUAUCGCAUGCGGGCGAUUAUCAUUAUCCUAGAAAGAUUUAAACCGGUUUGUUUUUGUUCAGUUUACCCGUCCGAUAAAUAAUGCCAGCGGAGAAAUAGACUGAAGUGAAUCUAUUGUCUUUAAAUCCGUUCUCUGGCGCUUUUGGACAGCGCUGAUUCUGUGUCUUAGUACGUUUUAUUACCAUAACCAUUCUUUGCUUUAAGGACAGAUGUCUGUCUAUAUGAAGUGUUAAUACAUGUCCAUGUAACACAUCUGUAACUCCAGAUGUUUCCCUUUACUGAACAUGUACAGUGAAAAUCAAUAAAGUAAUCAACUACAGUA